AUGCUAUAUAAAUUUUGCUUUUUAUUCGUUAUCUUCAUUCAUUUAAUAAUAAAUAACUGUUGUAAAACAUUCUUUAUUAUUUUUUUCUAUCCACCUCUUAUGAAUAUCUUCACAGUGUUUUUUCCAUAUAAUUUUUUGCCUUUCAUGGGAUUUCUAAUUCUGUCCUCAUUCUUUUUUGCUAUCAUUUCUUCAUAUAUAUCUUUUAGGUAUUCCUUUUCCUUGUUUUUCAUUUCCAAUAUUAACUCUAUAAACCAUUUCUUUUUUUUCCAUUCUUCUAUUUUCUCUUUAUCAUUAUUUAAUAUAACAUUCCUACUUUUUCUUUUUAUAUCCAAUAUGUUAACAUCCUCAUCUAAAUUUUCUUGUAUUCUCAAUUCUUCCACCAUUUUUUUAAAAAAAUAUUCCUUUUCUUUUUGCAAUUCUUCUUUCAUACAUUCUUCUAAUAGCGUCAUAUGUAUUUCUACCAAAAUGUUCUGUAUCAAUUUCUCCCUUUUUUUUCUAUUUUUCUAA